CCAAUAAAGCACAGCAAAAGUCACCGCUCCUCUUCUUCCUUCAUGCAACCAAACCCACAGCGAGGCAGCACGGAAAACGAAACCACACUGAAGCACAAAGAUGAUGAAUUAGUAACAUAAAGCUCCAGUAACCGGACGCUGUACAGCUGAUCUGCUCUCAGAGGACACCGGUGCAUCCAUGUGGAGGUUUAUAGAAGAAGGCCAGCUUUAACAGGCUGCAGCGUCACCGAGGCAGCUCUGUGCGCACUGGAUUCAAUUGGUGGAGCCAGGAAGGGGAGCCCCGGCCUUUUCCACUGCAGGAGGAGCACAGUUAAGGAAACAGAGAGAGAGAGAGAGAGAGACGCUGCCAAGACAGCAGCAGCAGCAGCCUGCGCAGUUUAGAAACGGCCCAGCCUCCUCUCUGCUGCACGACAUGAGGGACUUCACCCAAACUGCGCACUGACUCUGCAGCAUGCAACGCUGCAGCUGCAUAGUUUGUUAGACACAGACAGCUUGUUCCCGGUCGUGUGCAGGAAUUUGACAGAGGGAAUUAGGCCUACAGACCACAGCUGCGACAUUUCCCCCACACUGAGAGUUUCUCAUUCCUUUCCUCCAGGAGAGCCCUCCUGCGCUGUGGCCUCGAAGCGCGACAUGGGAAAUGUAAACAAGUAGUCGGGCUGGAUUUUAAACUACGCACACGUCCCACGUCCUCCUCCUCCUCCCUCCAACUCCUCCUCCUCCUCCCGGGGCGUCCGAGAUGGAGAUGGAGACGGAGAAGAGGGUCGAGCUGGAGCCGGAGCAGCAGCAGGUAGAGGUAGAGGCAGAGCCGCCCAUGCACAGCGUCCACGGAACCAACCGGAUCAGACCGUCCUCGUACCGGGCCCUGCGCACCGCCGUGUCCAGCUUGGCCCGCCUGGAUGACUUCAGCCGUGAGAAGAUCGGCGCUGGCUUCUUCUCCGAGGUGUUCAAGGUGCAGCAUCGUGUGUCAGGCCAGGUAAUGGCUCUGAAGAUGAACAUCCUGGCCAGCAACAGAGCCAACAUGCUCAGGGAGGUCCAGCUCAUGAACCGACUAUCGCAUCCCAACAUACUCAGGUUUAUAGGAGUGUGUGUCCACGAGGGGCAGCUCCACGCCCUCACAGAGUACAUCAACGGCGGUAACUUGGAGCAGCUGUUGGGCAGCGACGUGUACCUGUCGUGGAGCGUGCGCAUCGUCCUGGCCCUGGACAUCGCCCGGGGACUGCAGUACCUGCACAGCAAGGGCAUCUUCCACAGGGACCUCACCUCCAAGAACUGCCUGGUGCGCUGGGACCGCUGCGUGUGCUCGGCCGUGGUGGGAGACUUUGGCCUGGCGGAAAAAAUCCCAGAUUACAGUGAGGAAGAGGACCAGGUGCCUCUGGCUGUCGUCGGCUCCCCCUACUGGAUGGCCCCGGAGGUGCUCCGAGGAGAGGUGUAUAAUGAGAAGGUGGAUGUGUUUGCGUACGGGAUCAUCCUGUGUGAGGUUAUUGGGAGGAUACAGGCCGACCCCGACAUCCUGCCACGCACUGUGGACUUUGGUUUGGAUGUGGUGACCUUUCAGCAGAUGGCGGGAGAUUGUCCUUCUGAUUUCCUGGGGCUGGCCUUCGCCUGCUGUAAUAUGAGUUCAAAGCUCCGUCCAUCCUUCUCCCAAAUCGUGUUGGAGCUGGAGAGGAGACAGGCGGAGAGGAAACAGAAGGACGAACCGACGGUCAAAGCGGUUUCUCCAGCAAUUGGCCCCUUACGAAGGCGAUCCCUCUGCGUCCUGUCAGAUCCUCGCCUCUCGCGCAGCAAAUCCGACAUGCUCCACCCCCCGGACACGCCCCCGUCUGAUACCAUGGCGAUUCCUGCUCGGGUCAACCCCUUCUCUCAGAGGGAGGACCUCAAGGGCGGCAAGAUCAAGCUGUUCGACACUCCCAGCAAGUCCGUCAUCUCGCUCACCUUCACCCUGCCGCCUCCGCCAGACUGCGACGACCCAGAGAGCGACGGCUAUGAGCUACCCAGGAGGCACCGGCGCUGCCACUCGCUGCCGUGCACGCCUCCUCCGCACCUCACGUCAGCGCCGAACACCGUCCUGACCGAGGAGGAGUCCACGUCUGAGUUAAACGGCGAGAUGAAUGGAGUGAGUGAAGAAGAGAGACUGUUAGGAGAGGAGAAGGAGAUCGGGGAUGGGAGUGGGAAUGAUUCAGGUCUUCCUCUGUCGCUUGAACCCAUGUCGCUGGACCUGCUGGACCAGGAGGAGGAGGAUGAGGGGGAGGAGGCGGAUGAGGAGCCAAUGGACUGCGCAAGCUCUCCGGACACACAGGACAGCACUUCAUCUCCUUACUCCAAACUCUCCCCUCCUCCAUCAAACUCCUCGACUCCCAUCCAACCCUCCACCCCUCCCUUCUCAAACGGUUGGGGGUCGGCCAUCUCCAACGGGCCGCCGUGCCUGCCUCCCCUCUCUCAAUUGGACAACAACAACGUCGUCGUGAAUCGACCCACGGGAUGGAGCGCCACCACGACCAGCGCUCCCACCACAACCAACAACAACGGCUACCACUCCCCUACCGGCGACCCCGCCGGUUCGUCGCCGUUCGGCUCCGGCAGCGGACACUCCCUGGACCAGGAGGAGGUGAUCUCCUGUCCCGGCUGCUGCCUCGCCGGCCUCCGCUUCCCCUCUAUGUGUCUCAGAGCUCCACCGCGCAGGAACCCUUACAAGAACUUGAACGUGGACCACGCAGCCUCACGUGGGCUGCUUUGUCCGGGACCCAAGGACCUGCCGCCCUCUCCUACCCCCACAACCACCACCACCAGCCUGGAGCCGGGACUCGCCUUGCCGGGGGCGCAGACAUAAACUUCUCAACACCAAAUACACAGAGAAAAGAUGUGUGGGAGUUGUGCACCAAAAGAUCCCUGGAAAUUAAGCGGGUCCUCUUAGAAUUUUGCACAGAUUUUAACGCAGCAAUACCCUGCUUACUUUCCAGACACACUUUUUGGUGCAGCUCGGUUUACUAAAACACACUCCAGGCUGACUUUGUCCAUGAUAGCUGUGGGACAAGGAACAACUUGUUGCAUGUCGCCCUCUGCAGGGCUGAGGGCGACAUGCAGAUCUGACUGAUGAUCCACAGCGUCCAGAACUGUUCAGCAUGCCGGCCUUAAAAACACUCCAGUUUGGGGCCCAGUUGGUUGGAUCCUGUAUAUUACCGCAGAUGUAAAGAUUCUUAUGACUGAUGAUACUGAUGAUGCUGAAAUGAGGAAUGUUAAGCUUAGUAUUAUUACUGCUGCAAUGAUAUUUGAUGUUUGGUGCUGUUUCUGAAUGAACAGGCAGUUUUUGCUUUAAUGUAUUUAAUUGUCAAGAGGGUGUAUGGUGCACUGCUGGGCUGUGUGUGUGUGUAACAUGGAGUGUGUGAUGGAUUCAGUGUGAGAGGCUGGAUGUGUGUGUGUGUGUGUGUGAGAGAGAGGAAAGGUAAGAGAGUGUGUGCUGUACACCGUUCUUUUGACCUUUUUUGUUGCUGUAUGAUCUCUAUUGGCCCUUCUGGGCGCCUGGUUAAGCACUUCAACUGUAUUACUGUUGUUAAUAAGGAAACUAUUGUUGUUAUUAUUAUUACUUUUGGGAAUGAAUGGUCAAAGACCUGCUUAAGAGAUGUACAGAUUCUUAUUAUUUAAAGAUGGCAUUGAAUAAAACGAUAGAAUGCAGUUC